AGUGGUGCAAUGAUCGAGCUAAUGGCAGCACACAUCGAUCCCAGGCAGGAACAGCAGGGCACUGAUCCUGCCUUCAAUGUCACAAGAACUGUCAGCUACGCGACUUCUUGGAUGUCGGCUACAAAGUUAUUCUGCUGUCUUCAUGGCGGAAGAAAACCUGAACAAAAAUGGUUAUAUAAGCGAAUGGAUAACCUGUCAAUGGUAAUAUUUAUCUUGACCACUGGCGAGAUACUGGACAAAGAGGAGCUGGUCAUAAUAAUUCUUGGCACCAUUAUCGUCUUGGGAUGUGCACUGAUUGGAUUUUUUGGAAUUCAGUUUUAG